UCUCACUCACAGCACUCUCAUCCUUGUUUCUCACACACACCAAAAAAGACGAUGGACUCUGCUCCUUGAAGCUUUGAACCCAGAAUCCGAAGAAGCCAUUCUCGCAGAAUCUCCAUCAAUCUUUCUCUUUCUCGCUGUGAAGUUGUCUCUUUUUUUUUCUCUGUCCUCCUCUCUUCAUAACUUACGGCAUCACCGGUCACUGUGAAGCUUAUGGCACCACCGGCGACUAUCAUCUGUGGGUUUUCUCUCCUCGAAGCCGCUAUAGUACCCAUAACAAAAUUCUAACCCUAAUCAUCUCCCCAUCAACCAAAGCGACUUUGAAUUGGAAUACCCAAAAACCACCCAGAUCACGUCAAGAAUUGUAAUGGUUAACAGAAUAGCAAUGGGAAUCAUAAAGGACGGAUCAAUUUGGGGAUUCCUACCUAGCAAUGAGGUGUUUGCAAUUCACUAUCCUGCCUAUCCUUCGUCUAUGGUACGCGCUAUUGAGACUCUCGGUGGAGUUGAAGGCAUUGUCAAGGCUCGUAGUUCGCAGUCAAACAAGUUGGAGCUCCAUUUCCGACUUGAAGAUCCAUAUUCACACCCUGCCUUUGGGGAGCUUCAGCCUUGCAAACAUUAUUUGUUGAAAAUAUCAACUCAGAAAAUUCGGGAUGAUGAAAAUGCUGAGAACUCCAACAGGCUCUCAAAGGGUUUGUCAGUGGACCAGAUUAAUGUAGAGCAAGAGGACUGCUGCCCUGAUUUAACUGAAACUAUGCAAGAAGUACGUCAAGCUGAUAGUGAUUCAAUUCCUGCUUCUUCAGAAGUCAAAAUGCAGAUACCUGAAGGAGUGCAAGAAAAUCUUUCUGCUGAUAUUAUUGCUAGAGUGUCGGAAGCUUAUCAUUUUAAUGGAAUGGUAGAUUACCAACAUGUUAUUUCUGUUCAUGCUGAUUUUGCCCGAAGAAAGAAGAGAAAUUGGGCUGAAGUGGAACCACACUUUGAGAAGGGUGGGCUCAUGGACGUGGAGCAGGAGGAUUUGAUGAUUUUAGUGCCACCACUAUUCUCGCCAAAGGAUGUGCCGGAGAAAGUAGUGUAA